UCCCAUUUCUUGCAGCUCUCUGCUGCUACACUGAGAUGGGGACACACACAGCACCAUCACAGCCAAGGAAAUGUCUGUAAAACCACAUAUAUCAGGAUGGGCCACUGAAAUGGGAUAAGACGGCGGAAGAAAGACCAAUUCUUCCAGGAUAUUUGAACGCGAGGCAGACUGGAUAAUCUUGAUUUUUCUGCGAAAAGUGAUUUUCUUGUCGCUUAUUGCCCCUUUCUCCAACAUUCGCCUUGGACGUUGCUGGACUGUAAGCGACCGACCGUGCAGCCUACCGCUGACAUCAUCCCCGUGUGGACAAUGGUGGAACCGGUGGGAUUCAUUGAAGCGUGGAAAGCUCAGUUCCCAGAGUCUGAGCCCCCUAAAAUGGAGUUGCGGUCUGUGGGGGGCAUCGAACAGGAGCUGGAGAAAUGCAAAGCCACUAUUAGACGGCUGGAACAAGAGGUGAACAAGGAGCGUUUUCGCAUGAUCUACCUGCAGACUCUCCUGGCCAAGGAGAGGAAGAGCUACGACCGUCAACGAUGGGGCUUCCGGAAGACUCCGAUCAACGAGGGGGGCGACCCCAAUGCCACACAGGGUGCCGACUGCCCGUCCCAGCAGCCACACAUGCAGGAAACCGGGGGAGUCGGCGUGGUCGGUGGCACCGGGGAAAGAAGCCGCUUCCAGCCUGUGGCAGAAUGCGGGAGGUCCAAGCCCAGACCCCCUCCGGCGAGGAAGUCGGCCUCCCACGGAGACGGCCUGGAGCUCCAGUCUGCGUUUGAGGUCCCCCAGCAGGCAGAGUCCUGCGACAGCCUGGACGGCCUCUCGCCCUCCAAGCAGCAGAGAGGGGGCGGAGCCUCGGUGUCCCCGCGGAGGCCCGGUCUGACUCCGGACAAGGACCUCCCCGUCGACCCCAAGGACAAGCUGGGCAUGGGCCUCGGCGUGGCCGCCCUGCGGUCCAACUUCGAGAGGAUCAAGCGGGCCAACUCGCACUCGGCCGGGGACGUUGCCAAGGCGACGGACAAACCGAUGCAGCAGCAGCAGCAGCCGCCGCAGCCGCCGCCGCCGUUCUACACCAACAUGGAGUUCCACCACGACCGGGGCCUGGUGCGGGUCAACGACCGCGAGGUGUCGGACCAGAUCAGCACCCUGGGCACACAGGCCAUGCAGAUGGAGCGCAAGAGGUCCCUGCACUCGUUGCCCGGCAACCUGGCCACGGCGGCGGGGGAGCUCCGGACCCGGCCCGUGUACCGAGGGCGGUCCACGGAGAGCACCUGCGGCUACGACGCCGAGUACGAAGACGGGGAGCCCAACCCGCGGCACCCGGCCCGCGCCAACGGCGGGAAGCCGCCGCCGCCGCCGUGGCAACCGUCGGACUUCCAGGUGUACUCCAGCGUGUACGUGGGCGGGGUGAUGAUGGGCGAGGGCGGGGGGGGGGGAGGCGGGGCUGGGGGUGUAGCCGUAGGGGGAGGCGGGGUGAUGAUGAGGGAGCACGGAGGGGGAGGGGACGACCACCUCCUCACCUGGCCUCGCCGCUCCUACUCCCCGGGGAGCUUUGAGGACGCGGGCGGCGUCGGCGGGGGCGGCGGCGGCGGCGGCGGCGGCGGCGGCGGCUACACGCCGGACUGCAGCUCCAACGAGAACCUGACGUCCAGCGAGGAGGACUUCUCCUCGGGCCAGUCCAGCCACGUCUCGCCCAGCCCCACCGCCACCUCCGCCAGCACGGCCGGCACCACCGCCUUCCGCCGGCCCUACCGGGAGAAGAGCCGCUCGCCGUCGCAGAACUCCCAGAACUCCCAGCACUCGUACGACAGCAGCAGCCCGCCCACGCCGCAGUCCCAGAAGCGGCAGCACCACCGGCCCCAGGGGGGCCACGUGGUGAUGUCGGAGGCCACCAUCGUCAGCGUGCGCAAGACGGGGCAGAUCUGGCCGCCCGCCUCCCACCAUGACGGCGCCCCCCACGACGGCCCUCCGAGCUAUGGCUACGACGUGGACCGCGCCGAGGAGCAGCGGCGGUACCACGACAUCCUGCCCUACAUCGACGACUCGCCCUCCUCCUCGCCGCACCUCAGCUCCAAGAGCCGCAGCAGCCGGGACACGCUCUCCUCCGGCUCCCUGGAGUCCUCCAAGUCGGCGGAAUGUGACCUUGAGAAGGGCCUGGAGAUGAGGAAAUGGGUCCUGUCUGGUAUCCUGGCCAGCGAGGAAACAUACCUCAGUCACCUGGAGGCCCUCCUUCUGCCCAUGAAGCCACUGAAGGCUGCGGCCACCACCUCCCAGCCAGUGCUGACGGUGGCCCAGAUCGAGACCAUCUUCUUCAAAGUGCCUGAACUCUACGAAAUCCACAAGGAGUUCUACGACAGCCUACUGCCCCGGGUUCAGCAGUGGAGCCACCACCAGAGGGUUGGGGACCUCUUUCAGAAACAGGCCAGCCAGCUUGGGGUGUACCGCGCCUUCGUGGACAACUACGAGCUGGCCGUGGAGACCGCCGAGAAGUGCGGCCAGGCCAACACGCAGUUUGCUGAAAUCUCGGAGAACCUGAAGGUGAGGAGCAACAAAGAGUGCAAGGACCAGUCUGCCAAGAACUCCCUGGAGACGUUGCUGUAUAAGCCGGUGGAUCGAGUCACACGCAGCACACUAGUCCUCCAUGACCUGCUGAAACACACGCCAGCCAGCCACCCGGACCACCCCCUGCUGCAGGACGCGCUGCGCAUCUCCCAGAACUUCCUGUCCAGCAUCAACGAGGAGAGCACCCCUCGGCGACAGUCCAUGACCGUCAAGAAGGGAGAGAACCGGCAGCUGCUGAAGGACGGCUUCAUGGUGGAGCUGGUGGAGGGAGCCAGGAAGCUCCGGCACGUGUUCCUCUUCACGGACCUCCUGCUGUGCGCUAAGCUGAAGAAACAACUGGGAGGUAAGAGCCAGCAGUACGACAGUAAGUGGUACAUCCCUCUGUCGGAGCUGAGCUUCCAGGGUCCCGAGGAGUCGGAGCCCCUCACCAUCCCCCAGGUGCCCGACGAGGAGCUGGACGCCAUGAAGGUGAAGAUCUCCCACCUGCGCAGCGAGAUCCAGCGGGAGAAGAGAGCCAACAAGGGUUCCAAGGUGAUCGAGCGUCUGAGGAAGAAGCUGUCGGAGCAGGAGUCCAUGCUGCUGCUGACCUCCCCAAGCAUGGCUCUGAGGGCGCAUAACCGGAGCGGCAAGAGUUACAUAUUCCUGAUUUCGUCCGACUAUGAACGUGCGGAAUGGAAGGAGAUGAUCAAAGAACAACAGAAGAAAUGUUUGAAGAGCUUCUCUUUGACCUCCCUGGAGCUUCAGAUGCUGACCAACUCGUGUGUGAAGCUGCAGACUGUCCACAGCAUACCACUCACAAUCAACAAGGAAGAGGAUGAGAGUCCUGGACUGCACGGCUUCCUGAAUGUAAUCGUCCACUCGGCCUCCGGCCUCAAACAGAGCCAGAAUCUCUACUGCACCUUGGAGGUGGAUUCCUUUGGCUUCUUCCUCAACAAAGCAAAGACCAGAGUGUACCGCUACACCACCGAGCCCAAAUGGAACGAGGAGUUUGAGAUAGAUCUGGAGGGCUCGCAGACCCUGAGGUUGCUGUGCUACGAGAAGAGUUACAACAAGACGAGGCAGAACAAAGACGACUGGGACAGUGCCGACCACAUCAUCGGGAAAGGACAGAUCGCGCUUGACCCCCAGUCCCUGCAAGGCAAGGACUGGCAACGGACGGUCAUUCCCAUGAAUGGGAUCGAGGUCAAGCUCUCCAUGAAGUUCACCAGCCGGGAGUUCAGUCUGAAGCGCAUGCCUUCACGGAGACCCAUGGGCGUGUUUGGAGUCAAGAUCUCCACGGUGACCAAACGGGAGCGCUCCAAGGUGCCCUACAUAGUCCGUCAGUGCCUGGAGGAGAUCGAGAGGAGGGGCAUGGAGGAGGUGGGCAUCUACAGGGUGUCCGGCGUGGCCACUGACAUCCAGAAUCUGAAGGCCGCCUUCGACACUAACCACAAAGACGUGUCGGUGAUGAUGAGCGAGAUGGACGUGAACGCCAUCGCCGGGACACUGAAGCUCUACUUCAGGGAGCUGCCCGAGCCCCUCUUCACUGACGACCUCUAUCCAAACUUUGCGGGAGGCAUCACCCUGUCUGAUAGCGUUGCCAAAGAGAGCUGCAUGCUCAACCUUCUGCUAUCGCUACCUGAGCCCAACCUGGUAACCUUCCUCUUCCUGCUGGACCACCUCAAGAGGGUGGCAGAGAAGGAGUGCGUGAACAAGAUGUCCCUCCACAACCUGGCCACAGUGUUCGGGCCCACCCUGUUGAGGCCGUCCGAGAAGGACAGCAAGAUCCCCACCAACCCCACUCAGCCAAUCAGCAUGGGGGACAGCUGGUCCCUGGAAGUGAUGUCACAGGUCCAAGUGCUGCUCUACUUUCUCCAACUAGAAACCAUCCCCACACCGGACAGUAAACGGCAAAGCAUCUUAUUCUCCACCGAAGUGUAGGGCCAAACCGUCUCCUGUCUCCGAUAUUUCCGAGUAUGAAGGAGUGAAACAAACGGACAGACGUUUGGCUCAAACUGAGCCUCUUAUAGUAUAUAUAUAUAUAUAUAUAUGCAUAUAUAUAUAUAUGUGGGUGUGUGUUGUUUUAGUAAAGUAUGUUUUUUAAAUUGCAAGACUAGAUUAUGCGAUCAGAUCUUGUUGC